UGGGAUGUAGCUUCCUUUCCCGUGGGUUCCCCCAUCGGUGCCUAGCGCCGCUCCAGAGGGCUUUUGGACUGUGCUGUCUCUUUGUUCGUUCCUGGGAACUGCUUCGGGCAAGUUUGCCGGAUAGCCUGUUCUGUAGAUUGGCAGAAUUUGUCCAAUCCAAGAGAGUUUUUGUCAUUCCAAGUAGUUAUUUUAAGAGACAACAUGUAGAUUUCUGCGAACGUGACGCAUUUUGGCAUUCCAGUCUUUUCCCUGUACAGCUGCUAUUUUGUCAGUGAACGUUUAUGGAAGUUAUUUUGGGAUAAGAAGUGGGAAUGCAGAGACAAAACUCAGACCUUCCUGUAGCAGUGCUCACUAAAGGGUAGUAGAGGUUAUCUUUUGAACCGGUAAUCAACAAUAAUAAUCGCUUUUAACAAGCUUUUACAUUUAUCAAACCUUUUCUUGUAUCUUUAUAAGUAACCACCUACUUUUUUUAACUGAAGAACCAAGACACAAGCAAAUUGGAAGAUCAGGGUCGGUCCAGAGACUGAGGACUCAAUUUUCGAAGCCAUUUCCAUCACUUUUUUUCCCAUCACUUUUUGUUUAAUGCUGAUACAUUAAUAUCCUUUUUGUGUCGAGAAUGAGCACUAGAACCUUUACCAACUCUGACAUUUUGCUGUUACUUUUAUCACAAGAGCUUUUCUUUAGUAAAAGUUUUACCGUAAUUGAAGAAAAAUGAUGGAAGAGAGUGGAAUAGAGACAACACCACCUGGGACUCCUCCACCAAGUUCAGCAGGACUGACUGUCGCUGCCACAGCGGCACAGCCGUCUUCUCCCCCAGCCCCUUUAGCUGCGGCCAGCUCUUUCUCUUCUCCAAGCGUGUCCUCUGUGCAGCCCCCGCCGCCACACACUUUCUCCACCCCUCAGCAGUCCCUGCCUCCUGUGAGGCCUUCGCCACCCUUGCCCUUUGUGCCUCCUUCACCGGUUCCUUCUGGUCCUCCACUCAUUACCUCUUUACCACCUCAUGUUUCUCCACCAACUGCUGCUGCCUUCAGUAACCCUCCUUUACCCCACUUCCCACCUUCCACUUCUGCCCCAAACACUCUCUUAUCUGCCCCUGCUUCGGGUCCUCCUACAUCAGGAUUCUCUGUCGGCUCAGCCUAUGACAUUACACGAGGACAUGCAGGAAGAGCUCCCCAGACACCCCUGAUGCCGUCUUUUUCUGCACCUCCGGUGACAGGUAUUCUGCCAACUCCCAUUACUCAGCAAGCUGGUUUGACGUCUCUGGCACAGGGAACUGGAACCGCAUCAGCCAUAACUUUUCCAGAGCAGCAAGAAGAUCCUAGAAUUGGUAGAGGGCAGGAUGAAGCAUCUGCUGGUGGACUCUGGGGUUUUAUUAAAGGUGUGGCUGGGAACCCUAUGGUGAAAUCUGUGCUUGAUAAAACAAAACAUUCAGUAGAAAGUAUGAUUACAACGCUGGACCCUGGCAUGGCUCCAUAUAUCAAAUCUGGAGGUGAACUGGACAUUGUAGUGACCUCAAAUAAAGAAGUAAAAGUUGCCGCUGUCCGAGAUGCCUUCCAGGAGGUCUUUGGCUUAGCUGUGGUGAUAGGGGAAGCUGGGCAGUCCAGCAUUGCCCCACAACCAGUGGGCUAUGCAGCUGGAUUAAAAGGUGCCCAGGAACGGAUAGAUAGCUUGCGUCGAACUGGAGUGAUCCAUGAAAAACAGACGGCUGUGUCAGUAGAAAACUUCAUUGCAGAAUUGCUUCCUGACAAAUGGUUUGACAUUGGCUGUCUGAUAGUUGAAGACCCUGUGCAUGGUAUUCAUCUAGAAGCAUUUACACAGGCCACACCAGUACCCUUGGAAUUUGUACAACAGGCUCAAAGUCUAACUCCCCAGGACUACAGUCUGAGGUGGUCGGGCCUUUUGGUGACAGUGGGCGAAGUCCUGGAGAAGAGCUUACUCAAUGUCAGCCGGACUGAUUGGCAUAUGACUUUCACUGGCAUGUCUCGUCGGCAGAUGAUCUACAGUGCAGCCAAAGCAGUAGCAGGCAUGUAUAAACAGCGCCUGUCCCCCGGGACCAUGUGAGAAGGCUGGCCUGGGAUACUGACACUUGCUAACUUUGAGCUGCUGGUGGAGAAGAGACAGUCCCUUCUUAAACUGGACAACUUCAGUCAGUCCAGCUGUUUUGAUCAUUUUCCUGUGGGCUGCAGUUUUUUUCUUAGAAAGGCAUGGUGUCAUUCCAGUAGAUGAAAAGAAACAGAUCCUUUUUCUGAUUAUAUAAUUGCACGUACCAUAGUUCUCAAAAAAUAUAUAAAUAUUUUUAUAGGACAGUUUGAAACACCAGAUUUAUAAGGUGCAAAUUCAUGUGCUAAGAUAUUUAACUUAAUGAUAUGUACUUGAUUAUUUUGUUUUUUAAGAAAUAGUUGACUAAAGAACAUGUUUACUGAACACUGUUUAAAAGCAUUGUUUCUUUUAAUUCAUGAUUAAUCUCUUCCCUGUCCAUCUUGGAAGCUUUUCGUGUGUCCAUGUGAUCACAGGUCUGAUGUUAAGCCGUGUGCUCAACAAGAGACUCUAACACACCUACUUGUAGGGAGAUGGUGCACUUGUCUAUGCAUAUUUUUAACAUAGGCCAGAAUAACAGAAUCGAUCAUUUUCUUUUUGGUUAUCAUGUUAUACACAUAGCCUGAAAAAUUCCAUUUUUUUUUUAAUGUUUCAGCAUUUCACAUUCAUACUGUACGAUGAACACUGGGAUAAUGCAUUUUAUUUUUUUCAUUGCUCUGUGACAACUAAGGGGCAAAUGAGUCAAGCAUAUUUAAAUUAGAAGCAUUUGGGUUUUUUUGCAUAAUGGUAUUCAGUGCUUCCAAGUAACUCUGACAACAGCCAUUAUUUCUGCUUUAAUUCAUUUCUCCGACUGUAAUAGAGAAAUUUUUGAGAGGAAAUUACUUUGUUGUUUAUGGGAUCAUAUGACUUACUUUAAGGUUACUUAUUUAGUUUGCCUUAAACACAGCUUUUCUAACUUCGUGCCAUUCUGCCUUUACUUUCUAUGGAAGUUUUCCAAGAAACUGUUUUAUAGUGAACCUGGUUUAUUUAGUCCAUUAUGUUUGUAUUUAAUGAAAGCUUCUUUUUCCCCCAGAUAAUAUAUUUUACCAUUUUGGGAUUUAUACAAAUCAAAAAUAGUUCAUCAUAUACUUUUGAACUCUAUAUUUGAAAGUUCAAAUAACUUUUUGAAGAUAGUUUCUUAUAUAAACAUAAUUUAAUUUUUAUUUACUCUUCUAUAUAAUUCUUUAGAUGUAAAAGAAUCAGCACAAUCUUAUAAAAUCUUUUAAGGUAUUGAAGCUGUUAUCCUGUGCUGUCAUUUCAUGUAAUGUUUGCUUUGUAUUAAUAUUUCAAGUACUUGUUUGAUUUCUGUUUUUUUUACCUGAGGAUGAGAAGAUUAAGUACUAAUUUUCCAUCUGUGUUAUGUGUUAAUUUCUAUGCACUGUAUAGUUGUCAUUCAGUCUUCUGUGUCAUUAAAAGUAAUGAGAGAAAGAAGAGAGAUGUAGGCAUCAGUGCAUGACUGACUCCACAGUCAACUUUCCCAGCCUCUUGUUUACUUUUUCAUUCUUGGAUUUCCCUCUUGUACAAGGGGCAAGAAAAGUAACUCAUUACCUCUCACACACCAGGGCAGCGUGAGCCAGGAGGUCUUUUACUGUUGGUAUUUUGGUAUGAGAUGUGCUGGUUAUCAACCUAAGGCCACGGCUCCCUUCACCAAUCAUCCAGCUGCCCUGUCCUUUUCUUGCUUGUUUCCUUAUAAUUCUUGCACUAGCAUUUUUUGGGAGAGUUGAGCUGGGGAGUUUUA